CGCUGGCGACCGGAAAAAACAACAACAGAAAUACCAAUGGCCCUCCCAGUUCGAAAUUCAAAUUUCGAAUCGGGUGCUGGACGUGACGACAGCGACAUGGGACAUGUGGCGUCAGUACUGGCGAACGGUGAAAUAGGGCAUUUGCAGCGGCGCAGUGGGGUCGUCGUGCUUCGUGCACAGUCUGGUGAGCGCUCCGCAAAGGUCAUUCGCCAUCGCCGCCUCCUGCUGCCGCGUGUAUGUGUGGAGUCCAGCACAGGCAGGGAAUGUCGUGGGGGACUCCAUGCUGAGGUUAUCGUGGUUGUCCUCCCGUUCGUAGGCUUUUGCAGUCGGGUGUUGAGUACCUUUGCAACACGAUUGGCCAUGGAGUUCGGCGACAACGUCGGACGUGCAAAGUUGACGACCAUCAAGAAGACCGCCAUUGCAGCGGUCGUGAUGGCCAUGCUCUUUCGUUGUCACCAAGAGAGGGCAUUGGGCGGAAUGAGAGCACAGAAGGAAGACGUGUCCCUGUCGAAGGGCUGGAUACCGUGGCCAUCACCGAAGCUGUACUCCAGGAGGACGGAUGGGGCAUGGGAGGAUCUCAGGCAAUGCGACGACACGACAGAGGAGUACUUAGGGGAGAAGCUUCGUAUGUCACCACGUGUGUUUCGGGAGAUCGCUGAAGCUUUGCCGCCUCGUGUACAGAGGCGUGUGGGGUUCUAUAGGGAGCCCCUGCAGCCUGAUCACAUCAUCGCUUAUGCGUUAUACAGGUGGGCAUUGGGGGAGAUGUACGAAAGUAGCACAUGCAACUUUGGGAUUGGGAGAGCUUCUGAACUGGUGGCGAUACGGGACGUAACGACAACGCUGCUGAAGGUAUACAGGGAGAAGAUAUCAUGGCCGACGGGGGUGCGCAAGUCGGUCAUCCUUCGAGCACUCACUGACAAAGGAUUCGCGAACUGCCACAGGUGCAUCGACUGUACUCACAUCUACAUCGACAAGUUGGCGAACGCGCCCAACGAGGACUACUACGAUCGUAAACGGCGUUUCUCAAUUGUCGCGCAGGUAAUCGUCGAUCUGAAUUUACGUGUGCUGGACGUUCACAUGGGGUACCCAGGAAAUUGCCACAACGUCAGGGCGAUCCAAAUGUCAAGUUUGUGGGCGCGUGCGGAGGCCAACAAUCUUUUCUCGGGGCCGCCAGUGAUGCUCCCCUUCCAAGUGCAAACGAACGGGUACUUGCUGGGCGACAAUUAUGACUAUCCUCCUUCGGAAUGGAUUGUUGUUCCAUAUGGAGGCAUUGGUCAGCACCUUGUGGAGGAGUGCUUCGACAACAAGCAAAAGGUGGCGAGAGGGGUUGUGGAAAGGGAUUUUGGCAGGCUGAAGGGGAUGUCACAGUGGAGGUUGUUUCUGCGAACGCAUAAGACAAAUAUGGAGACGUUGCCGCAGUAGUUCGUAGCCAUCCCUCAUCGACGCAAACAUUCCAUUUGACGACAACCUGUUGUGGGAGGUGGAAGCCGACGGAGUACGCCACUGC